AAAGGACGGGGCAGCGUCUCCCUUAGCCACAGCCACGCCGGUCUCCCUCGGGGAGGACGUAAGUCGAGGACCGCCCGUAAAGGCAGCAGGCAGCGGGGCCCGGCGGCCGGCCAGGGCUCGGCGGAGCCGGCCGGGAGGAGCUUCGUCGGCGCAGCCCCGGCCGGCUUCGCCUGCCCGGCUGGGGGGAUGAUGUCACCGGCGUGGCCCGAAGGCCCGACGCGCUGAGGCUCCGGCGGCAGCGGGGGGAGCCGCGGGCCUCCCCGGCCAGCCGCAGCCCCGCUGGGCGGCUUCGCCUCCGCCUCCAGCCGGGCGGGGCGCCGCCGAGCCUGCCCGCCUCCUGGGCGCUGCUCUGCUGCUGCUGCUGGAAGGGGCGGCCCCGCCGGGAGGCCAGGCCAGGCCGGGCCCCGCUGGCUGGUUGGCUCUCUGGCGCGCAGGAAGCGCUGCUUGCCGGCUGCGCGUCGGCGCUGCAGCGAGGCGGAGUGUACAGAUCUGCAUGUAAAAGGCAAAGGCAAAGUUCACCUUUUGGACAGAGAGGACCGCUGGCUCGAAAGAGGAGCGAUCAAAGAGGCCGUCUAUGUCAAAGUUGAACGGCCCUCUCUCAACAGAGGGGGAGGGACACGACACUGUCUAUCUCCAGUCCACAACACAAAUCCUUUCAGCAGUUCCAGGAAGGCUCCACACUCAUCUGCACCACUCUGGUGACCCUGAGGACACAGUGCGUCCAUGCAGGAGCUCAAACAUACGCCAGGCCCAGGAAGAUCGUCGACAUUUCCAGACGCUUCUCCUUUAUUUUUUCAUAUAUGUUGAUGAUAAAAGUAAGGGUGUUAUGCCGGAAAACAAAGGGCAAGUGACUUUUUGGCUAGAACAGUCCUCCCUGUUUACGCAAACAGCCCUUAUUUAAGGAGAGAGACGCAUCGGCCAAUUGGACUGGAACUGCCGGCCGGAAUGGAAGCUGGCGUAAUCUGGGGAUUUAAACUCAACUUGGCAAUUCGUUGCUUGGAGAAGACAGCUUUUGAAAUGUUCUCCUUCCAGGAAUGGCUGUAACCAUUGAGAGCCUUCUUGAUUUGCCUCCGGAACGAUGGCUCCCUCCAGAUAGCAAGGAACGACCUGUGAAUAUCAGCUUUGUGCGUCGUUUGGGAAUACGGCCACAGCGCUCUGAGGAUGCCUAGGAGAGGAUUAAUGUUCCAAGCCAAAACUCGGUGGCUUUUUCUCGGGCUGGCUUUGCUGCUGAGUCUGUUGCUGAUCAUGUAUCUCCUGGAGUGCGCCCCGCCGACAGAAAGCAACCGAUCGCUUCCCGGCCUCGGGGGCGAUCAUUUCGGCAAGGAACACUACCAGGCCCUUUUGCAAGAGCAGGAAGAGCACUACCAAAACAGGGCCACCAGCCUCAAGCGUCAGAUCGCCCAGCUGAAGCUGGAACUUCAAGAGAUGAGCGAGAAAUUGAAGCUGUUGCAGGACAAGAAAAACCCCAAAGUCCAAAACAUGGGCUCUCCGGGCGUCAAGGAACAAACUUCCAACGACCUGUUGGAGUACCUGCAUUCUCAGAUAGACAAAGCGGAAGUGAGCGUCGGCGCCAAGCUGCCCAGCGAAUACGCCGCCAUCCCUUUCGAGAGCUUCACGUCCAUGAAGGUCUAUCAGUUAGAGAUGGGCCUCACCCGCCACCCAGAGGAGAAGCCGGUCCGCAAAGACAAGCGGGAUGAGCUGGUGGAAGUGAUCGAGGCCGGCCUAGAGGUGAUCAACAAUCCCGAUGAAGAAGCUCAAGAGGAAGAAGACGGAAUUGGAGAACGGCAGCUUUAUAGCGAAAGCGAUUUUGUAGAAGGUUACUACCGCACGGAGAGAGACAAAGGCUCCCAGUAUGAAUUAUUCUACAAGAAAGCCGACGAAAUGGAGUACAGACACGUUUCGCUGUUCCGCCCAUUUGGUCCCCUCAUGAAAGUGAAGACAGAGACGGUGGACAUCUUCCGGUCGAUGAUCAACAUCAUCGUUCCUCUGGCGGGAAGGACAGAGGUUUUUGCACAAUUCAUGCAAAAUUUCAGGGAUGUUUGCAUUAAUCAAGACAAGCGGAUUCAUCUCACCGUGGUCUAUUUUGGACAGGAAGGACUUUCCGAAGUCAAGAGCAUCUUACAAUCGGUUGCGAGAGAGGCUGACUUCCAUAAUUACACCCUGGUCUCUCUGAAUGAGGAAUUCAACCGUGGCCAAGGCCUGGAUGUGGGUGCCCGAGCUUGGGAGAAAGGGGAAGUCCUGAUGUUCUUCUGCGACGUGGAUAUUUAUUUCACAGCGGAAUUCUUGAAUAGCUGCCGCCUGAACACGGAGCCAGGCAAGAAAGUUUUUUAUCCAGUGGUUUUCAGCCUGUAUAAUCCUGCCAUUGUCUACGCCAGUCAAGAUGGGCCACCUCCAGUGGAGCAGCAGUUGGUCCACAAAAAGGAUUCUGGCUUCUGGAGAGAUUUUGGCUUCGGGAUGAUGUGUCAGUAUCGAACAGAUUUCUUAGCCAUUGGAGGCUUUGACCUGGAAGUCAAAGGGUGGGGCGGAGAAGAUGUCCACCUCUACCGGAAGUACCUGCACAGCAACCUGAUGGUGGUCCGGACCCCCGUGCCCGGCCUCUUCCACCUUUGGCACGAGAAGCACUGCGCGGACGAAUUGACUCCGGAGCAAUACCGCAUGUGCAUCCAGUCGAAAGCCAUGAACGAGGCUUCUCACUCCCACCUCGGCAUGCUUGUCUUCCGGGAGGAGAUCGAAGCCCACCUACGCACGCAGGCCUACAAGACGAACAGCGAAGCUGUUGGCUAGACCGAUCCCUUCCGGUGCAACUUUCAGACUAGCUGCUAUGAACCAGGUUUGGUUCCGAAGCCUUAAUUAACUCAGCUUACAAAACAUGCAGUGCCUCUCCUCUCUUUCUCUCUCUCUCUCUUUCUCUCUCUCUCUCUCUUUCCUCUCCCUCUCUCUCUUUCUUUCUCUUUCCUCCCUCCCUCUCUCUCUCUCCCUCUCUCUUUCCUCUCCCUCU